AUUUUUAACACUUACACACAAAUUAAAACAGAGUUAGAUUCCCGCCGAUCAGUGUCGGAUUAAAUGAAGACGAACACCUGCUAAUCUUUACUAGACGUCCUGGCGAUUAUAGCUCUGGAGACUGCUAAAUCGUUGACACAUAUGAUAAGGACAAUGAUUAAUUUGCGGAAAUUUAUAGAUAUCGGUGCUAAUUUAACGGAUCCCAUGUAUCAAGGUGUUUAUAAUGGUUCACAGAAGCAUCAGCCAGAUCUUGAUAAAGUUUUAGAACGUAGCUGGAAUAAUAAUCUGUCAAAAAUUAUUAUUACUGCAAGUAGUUUGGAAGACAGUAAAAAAGCUUUAGAAAUAGCAAAAACUGAUGAAAGACUCUUUUCUACUGUCGGCUGUCAUCCAACAAGAUGCAAUGAAUUUGAAGAAUCUGGUGAUCCAGAAGCAUAUCUAGAUUCCUUCUGUAAACUUGCUCUUAAUAAUAAAAAUAAAAUUAUAGCAAUAGGUGAAAUGGGUCUCGACUAUGACAGAUUACAGUUCUGCCCGAAGGAAACACAAAAAAAAUAUUUUGAAAUGCAAUUAUCUUUAUCCUCAACACUUAAAUUACCUAUGUUUUUACAUUGUCGGAAUGCAACAGAAGAUUUUGUACACAUUCUCAGGAAACAUAAAGAUAGGUUACCAGCAGGUGUUGUUCAUUCUUUUGAUGGUAACACUGAAGAUGCAUAUAGUAUAUUACAACUAGGACUCUAUAUUGGAAUUAAUGGAUGUUCUCUUAAGACUGAAGAAAAUCUUUUUGUUGUAACAACAAUACCAUCGGAUAAGCUUGUUAUAGAAACAGAUUGUCCAUGGUGUGAAAUCAGGCCAACUCAUGCUUCUACCAAAGAUAUUGUAACGCAAUUUUCUUCAGUUAAGAAAGAAAAAUGGCAACCUGAUAAAAUGAUUAAAGGACGAAACGAGCCCUGUACUAUUGUUCAAAUAUUGGAAGUACUUGCAAGUAUAAGAGAUGAAGAGGAAGAAUAUCUUUGUAAUCAAAUAUACAAGAAUACUAUGAAACUUUUUUUUCCAUAUGAAUUGUAAUACUAUUUUAUACACCUACAAAUGAGAACUCUGUACAAUAAAAAGUGCAUCUUAUUGUAUACAAA